CCCACCUGGUUUUUGACUUUUUUAUUUUUGUAUUUUUAUUCUUUUUCUGUUUUCAUAACGUGCUUGAUACUCGUUCGUCAGAGCAUAUUUUGCAAAAAGUCCUUAUAAGUAUAAUAUUAAAAAAAUGCCAGAAUCAACUGCAUCACAACAGCAGCCAGGCACGAUAGCGGUGACGCCUAGUAUGAAUCAUCAUCUGGCAUUAUCCAAAAUGACGAGAGCUGACAAAACAAUGAAUGAAGGCAGCGGGAUAAUCGAAGAACAUGACAUUCUUUCACCCGAGGAAGCAGAACUGAAGCAUCAAGAAGAAAAUGAUAUCCUUCUUGUGCAGACAUUACGGAAUGCCUCGAAUGAUGUUUGGAUAGAAGUUGAUGCUUACUGGCAUCUGACAGAUUCAACAAAAGCCUUCUCUUUGACAGCCAAUACGUUGCGAGGACAACACAAAAUAUUGCGACGACCUUUAAAAUUCUACAACAAAGACAAGACCGAGUGCAUAUUGAUCAUACAUGUUGGCGAUAAAUUGUGCAGCAGUAGAAGUCCAUACAUUCAUAAUGGCUUAUUAGCUACACUAUUAGAUGAGCAUUUGGCCUUUGUGUCAUUACCUAGUUUACCGAAUUAUACAGGCUUUACAGCAAAUUUAAACAUUGAUUAUCGAGAGCCUGUAGAGCCCAAUCAAUGGCUCAUUCUUCGCGGAAAGUUGAACAAAAUAGAGGGCAGAAAGGCGUUUGCAGAAGCAUCGAUAGAAAAUAUCUACGGAGAUCGGUUAGCAGAGGCGACUUCGUUGUAUAUCAGUCCAAGGCCACAGACUUGAGUUGUAUAGAAAAGUCGAAAUUGUAGAAUAAAGGACACACACAUACACACACACACACACACACAUCAACCCCACAUUUAAUAUACAAGUGACCCUUAAGAGGGCCUGGUUAACU